AUGACAAGCUCUUCGUCUCCUUCACACAAGGCGUUAAGCAAGAUCGCGUGUAAUAGGCUACAGAAGGAGUUAUCAGAGUGGCAAGUAAAUCCACCGACUGGGUUUAAGCACAAAGUCACUGAUAAUCUUCAAAAAUGGAUAAUCGAGGUAACAGGAGCACCAGGUACGCUCUAUGCGAACGAAACUUACAAGCUUCAGGUAGUUUUUGUUCCACCUGCACCGUUACAUCCACAUAUUUACAGCAAUGGGCAUAUUUGUUUAGAUAUUCUGUAUGACUCUUGGUCUCCUGCAAUGACGGUGAGUUCAGUCUGCAUCAGCAUCCUCUCAAUGCUAUCGAGUUCACCCGAAAAGCUACGCCCUACUGAUAAUGACCAAUAUGUGAAGAACUGCAAGAACGGGAGGUCUCCUAAAGAGACUAGGUGGUGGUUCCAUGACGAUAAGGUAUGA